GGAAAGUUCCCAAAUAUUAUUUUAAGAUGCAAGUGAUCCUCCUGCCAUCUCUCUGUUUGUAUGUCCUCUUUAUGCAUGUUCAUUGGCUGUGUUGCGUAUAAGAGACUUCAUGCAAAGUUUCCAAGAACCAUGUGACUUCCAGUCUAGUGCAUAUAGAGGUUUUCUAUCUACGACCACAUCACACGUUGCUAAUGAGACAGAGAGAGAAAGAGAGGGAGUGAAGCAGAGCAAGAAAGAAAGAAAGAGUGCGAGCUGCCGUCUGUACUCAUUCGCCGGAGGAUCGCGAUCACUUCACAUGCAGUCUCAUAAAGUCUGAGACGCUGAGAGAAACACACACAAGACGCUGAAGGAGGUCAGAGAGUUCGCAGGGACUGAAGUGGCAUGGCUCAGGGCUCUGACAAUAACGACACCAGCUAUACCAAAUCACCCUCACCGGGCAAUAAACAGGGUUCAUCAGACGACAUGAGGAAAGUCAUGAGGAGAGAAAAGAACCGCAUCGCGGCGCAGAAGAGCCGAAUGAGACAAACACAGAAAGCUGACAGUCUACAUCUGGAGAGUGAAAGCUUGGAGAAGGAAAACGCAGCGCUCAGGAAAGAGGUGAAGAGACUCACAGAAGAGGCCAAAUAUCUGUCUACCGUCCUGAGCAACCAUGAGCCGCUGUGCACGGGCCUGAGCGGCGCGUCCCCGGAGCUGCUGUAUGGCGCGCACCACGGAGCGUUCCACCAGCACAUCAGCGUGCCGCACUACCCACUCUGACCGCCAGAGGCCGCCGGAGUCCCGCACAGAACCCGCCCGGUCCCGUCAAUGAACUUUGGUUGAGUUAAAAACCACGUACAUAGUCAUCAUCAUCAGCAGGCAUCUAAGUGAUCUUAACAACCAUUGAGUAUCAAAGGAAUAGAACAAAAUCCUCCAGAUGUAUCGAUUUUGUGACAAUGAUAUUUUAGUUAGUUAAAAAAAGUAUUGAACAAGUUAUGUUUCGUUUCUGCUAAAUACAUUUCUAAAGGAGCUGUUGACAUGAAAUUGCACCAGAGUUUUGGAAAAACCCCAAACAAUACAAACAUAAAACAAAACUUAAUAAUUAGUUAAGUGCAAUUACAAUGGAAUGACAGAAGGAGAACUCCUGAACAAAUGUAAUGAACUUAACACUUUAUAUAAAAUGAAAGCUUCAAGACUCCUCUUGUAUGGAGAAUGGAGCUGCAUAUAUUGUUCAGGUGUGAUUUUGCUCACAGACUUUAACAGUCUUCAAAUCUUGAUGUUUCUGUG